AUGUUAUUGGGUGAGACCAAAGUGCUAAUACGAGAACUCACUGCCCGACGUGCUAUAGUUACUCGAGAAGCAAGCAAGACAAUGAUGCAGAUCAAGUUUUACCAUCUGUGUGAAUUGGCAAUAGUCUGCAUUUCUGUGUCUUUCUUUUCGUGCGAGGGUAAAAUCAGCGCCGAGCCAAUCCGCGGCCGUCGUCAGCAAGAAGAAACAGGUGCUUGUUUUAAUGUUUCCGACUGUGAAUUUGCGGGCGGCGUUUAUACUGACUCUUUGGUAACGUUUGACGAUUGCUGUAACAAGAUUGGUGGAAAGUCGUGGGCACUACAUAAUGGUGCAUGCCGGAACUGUAUACGUAAUGGUAGUGAGCUAUCUCCAACUGUAGCCAAACCGUCGCCAAACGGUAACUCUAAUUCCAUCAAUGACUGGACUCCUUGGGGUGCUUGUUCUCACACGUGCGGUCCUUCCGGAACCAGAAGCAGACAGAAAAUAUGUGGUCCAUCAAACAAACUUACCGUCUGUAAAGAGCAAGAUCAAAACUGCAAUCGGGACGUCAGCUGUCCGGUCGAUGGACAAUGGGGAAGAUGGAGUAGAUGGUCAUCUUGUUCCAAAAAGUGCAAACGGUCAAGAAAAAGAUCAUGUAACAGACCAAAACCAUCCGAUGGAGGAAACGACUGUGUUGGUGUAGCACGUGAGAAGACUAGAUGCAAAAGAAAUCCCCGUUGUCAAGUUCAUGGUGGAUGGAGUGCAUGGACGCAGCAGUCGUGCACAAAAUCAUGCGGAGGCGGAUUUCAGAUUGUCACGCGACAAUGUGACAACCCAACACCAGAGCACGGUGGCAGAGAUUGUGUUGGUUCAAAAGUUAAAUACCGGCCAUGCAACACAAAAUGCUGUCCAGUACAUGGCCACUGGAGUAAGUACACGAGCUGGUCAAACUGUGAAAUGACUUGUGGAGAUGGCCAGCGAUUUCGAAAAAGAAAAUGCAACAAUCCUCCACCGUCGUGCGAUGGACGCAAUUGCAGUGGGUUUUCAAUGGACGCUGAGGCCUGUUCUCCCAAUAAUUGUCCCGUCGACGGAGGAUGGACGUGGUGGAGUAGUUGGUCUUCCUGCUCGUCAACGUGCAAAGGAGGAACGCAGAGCAGAACCAGACAAUGCACAAAUCCUCCGCCAAGGUUCCAAGGAGUUUCCUGUCAAGGUGUAAACGUGGAUACUCAAACGUGUGCAAAAGUCAAAUGUCCAGUGGAUGGCAACUGGGGAAAAUGGAGUGUGUGGUCUGAGUGCAGUAAAAUUUGUGAGACCGGAACACGAUUUCGAUCUCGGUUAUGUAACAAUCCCCGACCUGACUUUGGCGGGAAACAGUGUAAUGAUCCGUCUACUGGAAGAGAAGAGAGCCUGUGUAAUACACACAAGUGUCCAGUAAACGGAGGAUGGGGUGCUUGGACAGAGUAUACAUUCUGCAGUAAAACCUGCGAUACGGGAUCACAAAAAAGAACUAGAAAGUGCAACAAUCCCACUCCAAAAUAUGAAGGUACAGGUUGCAAUGGCAACGAUGCCGAAUCAAGGCUCUGCAACAAAUUCGGAUGCCCAGUGGACGGCAGCUAUACUCAGUGGACGUCUUGGGCUCAAUGCUCGCGAAGUUGCGGAAGAGGUACUACUGAGCGAACGCGACAUUGUAAUCUUCCGUUGAAUGGGGGACGUCCUUGUCUGUCUAUCGGUCUUCCACAAGAGUCAAAAGUUUGCUGUAAAAGGUCUUGUAUUGGUACUGUAUCGUAUAUAGCGUACUCGGUGGUUACGUCUCGAACAGCAAUCGUGCAAAGAUAUACAGUUGCAUGCGGUAUUUGGGAUCUCGGUCGCUGUGGAAGAUCCAGGACUGUUUACAGGCAAACGUAUGCCAGACAAGAAAAGACUCUGUACAGGCAUGCCACCAAAGAUAGUUGUUGAGUAGGAGAAACCACUGAUAAUGAAGCGCAGGGUGUUGUGACCGCUGAGUCUAAGGCAGUGAGUGUCACUGCGGCGUUCAAGUUUUGAUUGUUUUUGUUUGUAAUUACACGUAGUGGCUGCAUGUUGUCUGUCUGAUGGCGCGAUUUGCAGGGUGACUAGACAACUGUCAUAUUCCUGUAAUAAAAUAUGAUAAACGAACCCGUCUUU